AUGGCGGCGCCGGCUGCCCCGCCGCGCUUCGGGCCGCUGCAGCUGCUGCUGGCGGCGGCGGGGACGGCAGCGGCGGUGCUGGACGUCUGCGCCGACGGGUGGGUGGCGGCGGAGUACGCGCGGGGCGGGCACCCCGGCUGGGCCGCGCUGGCGCUGGCGCUGCUGGCCGCCGCCUCGGUCGCCACCCAGGCCUGCAGCUGGCUCUGGCUCCGCUCCGACCCGCCCGCCCUGCGCCCCGCCGUGCCCCCGUGGCUGCUCGCCGCCCUCCACCUCCUCCAGCUCGGCUUCCUCUUCAGGUGCCUCCACGCUCUGAGGGUGGGCUGGAAGGUGUGCUGGACAAAGGCGGCGGUGGAGGAGGAGGAGCAGAACCGCAUGGCCUUCCUCUCCCACGACAUCAGCAUGCUGCGCCUCUUCGAGACCUUCUUGGAGAACACCCCGCAGCUCACCCUGCUCCUCUACGUUAUCCUGCGCACGAACAAGGCAGAGCCCUCCCAGGGACUGGGGAUCUGUACUGCGUUCCUGUGUGUGACCUGGUCUCUGCUGGACUACCACCAGUCCCUGCGCUCCUUCUUGCAGGACAAGUACGAGCUGAGCCUGGGCUCCUCCAUCAUCUACUUCCUGUGGAACCUCUUCCUCAUCUGCCCCCGCAUCCUCGUGGUCACCCUCUUUGCCCUGCUCUGGCCCUACAGCGUGGCUGUCCACUUCCCGCUCGUGUGGCUGGCGAUGUUCCUCUGGGUCAGCCUGCAGGACACGGACUUCAUGGAGUCACCCGGCCCCGAGCAGCUCUACCGGGCCAUGGUAGCUGUGAUCCUCUACUUCAGCUGGUUCAACGUGGCGCAAGGGAGGACGCUGUACCGCAGCAUCAUCUAUCACGGCUUCAUCCUGGUGGACAGCACGCUGCUGGUCCUGUCCUGGCUCUGGUGCCGGUUCCCCUCGGACGAGCACUCGUACCUUAUCCCAGUGGUCUCCGCCGCCCUGCCCUGCUACCUGCUGGGGCUGGCGCUGAGAGUCACCUACUACAAGUGGCUGCACCCCAAUGUGCGGGCACAGCAAGAGGGUGGCUAUGAUGAGGUGGAUGCCAACGGGAGGAGCAACGGGCUGGAGUUUCGCUCGCUGUCGGUGCCAGACCUUGUGAACAGGCGGAUGCAGUGGCUGGCCCAGGCACAGUUCCCGGUCUCCCGGCCGGUGGGGCAGCACUUCCUGAAUGGGGCUGCUGCUGUUGAGUCUGCUGUCUGAGGCCGGCUCCUCCGAAGUGACUUGCCAGGGAGACAGAUUUGUUAGUCCUGCUCCUGGUUCUGCCCCCAGGCUGUUGUUUUGGGCAGCUGGAGGGACCUGGCGAUGUGUAAGCACCUGCAAGUCCCAUGGCACACAGCACAGCUCCCAUGGCUGUGCCCUCGGUGAGAGUCACAGUGUUCGUGGGGG